UCCGGGCACGUCGCGUUCCUCGCCGCGGGAGCGCCGCGCCCCAUGGCCGCUCCGCAGGACCCGCUGCCCCCAGAUCAUGCAGCAAAAGAGCCCGUGGAGGAUACAGAUCCAAGCACUCUUUCCUUAACAAUGACAGAAAAAUAUCCUGUCCAAGACACAGGAGUACCUAAAGAUGAGGAAUACCUAACAGAUCAAGUUACUUUGGAAAUUGCAUCUGUGAACAUCAAGACCCUUACAUCAGAUUCUGGCCUAAUACAACAGCCAGAAGACAAAGACACACAGAGCCAUACUGAUGAAUCGCUUUCAGAUCUCAAGAAAACCUGCAAGGAAAAUGUCACCUGCUCCUUGUGCUUAUUCCGUGCGCCAACCAUCAGUGACAUGCUCAAUGAUGAGGACUUGUUGUACACAGUGAGGCUAAAGCUGGAUCCCUGCCAUCCAACAGUGAAAAACUGGAGAAAUUUAGCAAGCAAGUGGGGGAUGACUUACGAUGAAUUGUGUUUCCUUGAACAAAAGCCCCAAAGUCCCACCUUGGAAUUCUUGCUACGGAAUAGUGACCGGACUGUGCAGCAGCUGAUUGAUCUCUGUAAAUUUUAUAAGAGAAUUGAUGUUGUGAAAGUGCUGCUGAAAUGGGUGGAGGAGGAAUGGCCCAAGAGAGGGAACAGAACUUACCAGAAUGAUUUCUAGGUCAAAGUUGUUAUUCUGUACGUGUUAAAUGCUAGCUACCACCGAUACGUUGGAAGUUUCCCUUGCAAGAGAGAGAAAGCCUGUACUGAGGGUUUGUAUACUGUGUAAGCUUUAUCUAGUGUAUACACAAUGUAAGCUUUAUGCCCUCAGGGUUGCAAAGACAACCUGCCAAAAGUGGAUGAAAUCAUCCAGGUUGAGUUCUUGAGUCUGCAAAUACCUUCAGUUUCUUUGCUGCUGUUCACAGCCUUCCUAAAUAGAAAAGGAAUGAAAAAGCCUGACUGCUUGUUUUCCUGCAGCACUUGUGAACCAUAUCAGUUGUGUGCUGUUGGUAUUGGGGAAAGCCACAGUUAGAAGGCAAGUUUCUUGGCCUUAGUGGUAAUUUUCUAUGUUCUACCUAGUAGAAGAUGAGGUGGAAUCUUUUUUUCUUCCUUUUUAGUUGUUUUUUAAGCUUUGUGACACUGUUUUUGGCACAGGAACACCUCAGUGUUCCAGGCAGCAGUUUGGAUCUGAAUGUUGCAAUUAACUGAAUAUUCAACAUCACAGUUGAAAAAAUUAAGUCUCUUAUGAACAAGAGUAGACAUUAAACAAUAACAACUGUUAAACAAAAUAAUUACUCACAUGCUACUACAUCAUAGUGUAUAUAUUUACUCUAAGAGAAAUCAUGCAAUUCAGAGAGACUUUUCAACCCAUAACCUUUAGGGGCAAAAAAAACCCAAUUAAAAGGCUCUGUGCUUAAAACUACUUUCCAAAGGUUUAAAGGCAGUGUACACUGUGAGUGCAGGUAUCAAAUCCCUCUCACUUUGCAGUGUGAGAUGAUGGCACCACAGGGUAUUGUUAGUAUUGACUGUAACUUCCCUUUUCACAGGCUGUGGUUUUCUUUACAGUUCUGUGGGUUGGCCUACUUUCUGUCCCACACCAAAGCAGUUGCAGUCUUGUGUGAAACUAGCACUAUAUAUUGAUUAGAACCACUCUAAUGGAAAAUGAACAGCUGAAUUCACCUACAGCCCAGGUGGAUAGCUAUUAAAGCACUUACAGUGGUUUAGACUGAUUUUUUUUAAAGGAUUCUGAUUGUGUGAAUUACACUGUUUACAUUUUAAAUGUUUCAGAAUUGGCCUUUCUCCUACCAUUCUUCUGACAUCUCAGACAUGUAAUAUGUACAUAGGUGUAUAUACCCAAGCACUGGUCAAGCUGUAGGGCAAAACUAGAAUGGGGGUGCAGGUUGAUACACUGUUUACUUUUCUUGAGUAGAAAUAAUAAGAAUUAGUAGUGAAGCUGAGGGAAGCCUAAUGCUGUAUGCUGAGUUUCUUACUGUAAGAGUUUGAAAAGGGAUCUCUAGCAAUACUUUACUAUAGACACUGAGUGAUAUGGUUACAGAGGAGCUAGAAGUAAAGACUAACAUUUUCAAGUCAGGCACUUGUUCUGGACUGACAUAAAAUUAGCUUUAUUUUAGUGACUUCAAGAAGCUAAAAGUCUUGUUUCAGGGUAAAGAAAUUGACCUAAAUUUGAGGUUUGAAUUUUUAAUUUUUUUUAGAAAAGACUGGAAUUUGUGAUGAAUUUUUUUAACCAUUCCUCAAAAAAAAAAAAAAAAAAAAAAAAAAGCUGCUACUCUUUAGAACUCUAGUUUUCUAACUGUAUUUUAAGGAGAAAAUUUUACUGCUCUGUCUUCUUGGGGCUGGAGUUUAAGUGCUUAAUGAUUGUCUUCCAAGAGUGGGUGUUUCCCAACAGAUGUCUGUCAGCUCAUAACUUUUGCAAAUAAUCUGCCUUGAGUUAGAUGCUCUAGACUCAGCUUUGGGGACUAUUGCUGUGGCUGGGCUGCCUGCUGUUUCAGGUCCUGCACAGGCAUCCACUGCUGCUGUGCAAAUAGCUCAUAAUGCAGCUUGUCCAACAUAAUUCCCAUACCUUGAGCUGACUGCAUGCAGGAUUUAGGUUCAUAUGUCUGUGUGUUUGUUAUUAUAGAUCACGACACAGUACAAAAAUACAUGACUCCAUCAAAAGGGUGCAAGAGAGAGAUUUAUUACAGCAGCGUUGCUUUUAUACUUCUUCAAGAUGUUUACACCCAUCCAACAUACACACUCAAUGCCCACUGGUGAUAAGAGGAACAAAGUUCCCAGUAGGUGACCAGGGAGCCACAUCACUCUGUGAGCCAGCCAGAGGCCAUAUCUCUUAACUUUCUCUCCUUCAUCCUGUGUCCAUGGUAACAACCUUGGUUUUCCUUCAGGAGAGAUAUGGGGCUUCUCCUUAUCUUCAGGUGGCCCUUACUAGCUCACAAGGACAGCACAGAAUGUCUUUCCUACAUGUGUUAAGUUGUUCUUCUGAGUGAUGAGUGCACACAGCUUUUGCCUCCCAUAACACACCACAGGUAUAUCUGUGUGGUAUUAUAAUAUGCUGUGCUUUGGUAGAUCCAGAGCAGCUAGGAGCUGGAAUCUUCAUCUAAGAAUCAGAAUGGGAAUAUGAAAUGAUGCAGUAGCAUUCCUGAAUCAAGGGGUUCAACUGAAAUAUACCCACUUUCCUGAUUUCUGGGUAAAACCUGUAAAAUUUUGAGGAAACACUGUCUUGUGAAGAUGAGUUUGAUCUCUUGAAGCUCUUCAAAAGUCAAUGUCAGAUGCAAGAGUUCAUGUUGGAUGGAAAUAAAGCUGCUUCUGAGAGUUCAUAGGUGGAUUCAGUAUAAAUUCAGCUUGGAAGGUUGAAAAUGUUAGCCUUAAACUUCACCACACACUGGAUUACUCAUAGUUAUACUUGAAAUACUUUUUUUUUCCUCCUUGUAUGGCAUAAAUUGAGAUGUACACACUUUUUCUAGUUUUAUAUCUGUUUACAAGAUAUUGGUUUUGAGUGUUCAAUUUAUUCUUAUGUCUUCUGUUAUAAUGUGUAUUAUUUUUAGAAGAAAUAUAGUUGUCAAUGUUU